AGAAGUAUGGUUCCCAGAAGUGCUUCCAUCCAACUUUUUUCACUUAUUAUACCGUCAGGAUUUCUCUUCUUUGAAACCACUAAACUUGGUUUCUGCAGUGCUGAUCGUAACGUGGGAUGCAAGGAAACUGAGAGGAAAGCCCUUCUCGAGCUCAAAGCCGGUCUCACAGAUCCUUCAGGCCGGCUUUCGUCUUGGGUGGGGGAAGAUUGCUGCAAAUGGAGCGGUGUAGGCUGCAACAACGUAACUGGACGCGUGACCACGCUCAAUCUCCGCAACGAAUUUUCAGAUGGCGAGGAUGGAACAUUGCUUGCAUUUGGCGGUGAGAUCAACCCUUCUUUGCUUGUUUUGAAAGAUUUGAUUCACUUGGAUUUGAGCAUGAAUUGUUGUGUCUUGGCCCGUUCGUUAGUGUUGAACCGAGAUUCAGAUUACAACCUCACCAAAAAAUCACACAGUUGAACAGAAUAAAAUACAAGAAAUAAA